AUGGCCGCUGUCCGGCAAAUGUUUUGGCCAUUAUCUCUACGUUCGAAUACGCGCAAAAUCAUACAGAAUUGCAUUAUUUGCUUCAAGGCCAACCCACGGCAUUCACAAGCCAUAAUGGCUUCACUCCCGGCUAGCCGCACCACGGUAUCACGCCCCUUCUCGCGCUGCGGAGUUGAUUACGCCGGACCGAUUGUCAUAAGAGAGGGGAAAAGACGAAACGCCAAAAAUCAUAAGGCUUACAUAGCUAUAUUCGUUUGUUUUGUUACCAAGGCGGUGCAUAUUGAGGUGGUGAGUGACCUGACCACUGAUGCAUUCUUGGGCGCGUUCAGGCGCUUCAUAUCGCGCAGGGGCAAACCAGUUCACAUGUUCUCAGAUAACGGGACUAACUUUGUGGGCACUAAUAAGCAACUCCAAGAAUUGCAUAAAUUUUACGUUCAGGCCCAAACGCAAGGUCAGAUCAAUCAAUUUUUACAUGAGCAACAAAUCUCUUGGAACUUUAUCCCGCCGAAUGCUCCUCACUUCGGCGGAUUGUGGGAGGCGACAGUUAAGUCCGCGAAAUUACAUAUGACUCGAGUCAUCGGUGGAGCUCACUUAACUUUCGAGGAGCUACAAACCCUCCUUUGCGAGAUAGAAGCAAUUCUUAAUUCACGAUUUAUCACGGCUCUAAGCUCGGACCCAAACGACAUGUCUCACUUAACACCGGGACAUUUUCUGAUCGGCACUGCACUAAACAGCUUUUCUUCCAGGGAUCUAGACGGUGUUCCAGAAAAUCGAUUGCUCUGUUGA